AUGUCUCUGCUAAAAUUGGUUUUUGUCAUCCUGGCUAUUGCAUCGGCUUGCAAUGCAAGUAUUGGACCACAUUUUGAUCUAGCACCUCUACCAUAUGGACCACCAACAGUUUUCCCUCCUCCCGUACUCCCACCUCCUUUAUACCCAGGACCAGCUUUUCAUGCUCACCCAACAGCACCAAUUUGGCCAGCACCAGUCCUGCCUGCACCAGCACCAUUAUUGCCCGCACCAGUUCUCCCAGCUCCAGCCCCAUUAUGGCCCGCACCAGCUCCAGUCUCAUACUUCCCUCCACCACUACCAGCUCCAUUAGCUGCAGCUCCACUUCCUCCAGUUUUCGAUCCGAUCCCAUUCGCUCCUACAUACCGUGCUAUUCCCGGACCCAUCACAAAGACCCACCACGUUUCAGUUGGAUGGGCACAUCCAAUACAAGCCAAGAUUAUUGCAGCUCCAGCUCCCCACAUCCAUCCAGUUAAAUUAAUCGAAGGACACGCACAUGCUCAUGCACACCUUCACCCACAUUCAGCGCCACUUAUUAGUCAUCAUCAUCAUCAAUGGUGA